ACAGAAAGCGCUUUUGGCGCUUUGCUGUUUGCUGUCUGCCGCCUGUGGUUACGGUGUUGCAUAUUGAUAUCGCAACGCCGUAUUCCUUCUUAUUUUUGGCUUUUUAACAGCUCGAUUCCGUACCAGUUUCACAUGUGAGUUCUAGUUCCCCCUCAGGUCUACAAUUUGCAAACACUGUGUGACUCUGUUGUUAUCGGGCAGCCAUGUGGGGCGACUCGGACAGAAGAGAGACCCCUAAUUAUGGAAGCACGGAGCCUCGGUACAGUUCACUCCCAACUGCCCACAGCCCUUCAAGAGGACCCAGUUCCACGCAGCAAUUUCACCAACUGUAUGACAGUAUCAGUUCCAGUAUUUUCUCCAUUAACAAUGCCACGGUGAGUCUGGAACGUGGUGCUAAACAGCUGGGGACUCAGGCGGACAACAGAGCUUUCAGGGAUAGAAUUCAUGCAACUCAGCAGAGUACCAAUGACACAAUCAAGGCUACAGCAUCCCAGUUGGGAACUCUGAGUUCUUUAGCAUCCUCGGGUGAUAAGCAACUUAAGCUUCAGUCGGAGAGACUAAGAAAUGAGUUUCAAGAUGUUGUGCGACGGUACAGUACCAUACAGAAGCAAGUGGCAACACGGCAGAAGUACACGAUGGCACUGCCGUCUCCACGGGCAGGCGGUGAGCCGACGUAUGGCUGGGGCGGUGAGGAGAAACAACCACUCAUCGAGGCAGACGAAACUCAAGUACAAGCUCAAAAACAGAUUAUUGCUGACUUAGAUCAUGAACACGCAAUUCUGAUGGAAAGGGAGGAGCGAAUCAGGGAGAUCGAGGCAGAUGUCCUUGACUGUAAUCAGAUUUUUAAAGAUCUGGCAACGUUGGUUCAUGAUCAAGGCGGCGUCAUAGACACAAUUGCUAGCAACAUUGAGAACACUGAAUACAACACUGCUGAGGCUGUCGACCAACUGAGGAGUGCCAGUCAAUAUCAGGCGAAAGCACGAAAGAAGAUGUGUUGCCUGGCUAUUGUUGUUACCAUAGGUGCAAUAGUUAUGGCCCUAGUCCUUUAUUUCACACUCAAGUAGAAUGCAUGUGUGACACAAUGCAGACAAAUUUCUUUGCCUUACCUUGCCAUGUUGGGAACAAUCUUACAAGAUUCUAUUCAGAUCUGUCACAAGUAUCUGGUUGCGACGCGUACAUAGCUUAUUUUAAAUGCCUGCUAUUAUGGGCAGCUGCAUUGACAUCAUGAUUGUAUUGCCAUGUUGAUUGCUAAUUGCUAGUAAGGACAUGUAUUGUAGCUUGUGUAUAUAUUGUACUUAGUGGCUGUUUGUGUCACAAUAGUGAAAAUACUACUAUAACAUUAUUUUAAUUAAAGGUGCUGCAUUGUAAAUUAUUGCUAUUACAGGAGUUACAAAACUAGUAGAGUUAUUCACUAUCAUAUUCAACAUUGACAGUUUCCUGGUGGUGCCGGGAAAAGACAUGCUAUGCAGAGCACCGCACUGCAAAUACACAGUAUGCACACUAAAUGUAGAAUAAAAUCUGCUGUACUAACAUUCAUAAUUGAAAAAAAAUGUAAGAUCAAACAUAGCAUAGCUGUAUAAUGUUGCUCCAUCGAAUGGGCCAAACGAGUCCACGAACUGACUUUUUGUUGUUGUUGUGACUUACCUUGGUUUUGCUGAUGAGGAGUCAGAAGUGGCGACACCAAGCGCGAGUAGAAAAAAAGGCUGCACAUGCAAAAAUAAACUUGGUGUCUGUGCGGUA